AUGGCCAUGAAAGGCUUGGUGCCAGAGUACUCAUGGGAUUCUCAGAUGCACGUUAUCGAUCCUGAGCGCUUCCCACUGUCACCAAACCGCAGCUACACGCCCAAGUCUGCGACAAGAGAGCAAGCAGCAGCUUUGGAAGCUGGAUGCGGCAUUGCCCAUACGGUCGUCGUAUUGCCAAGCGUCUACGGCACAGACAACUCAGUUCUUCUGGAUGCCCUGAAAUAUUUCAACGGGACAGCACGAGGAGUCUGCGUUGUAGAUCCGGACAGCGUCAGCAACGACACACUUGCAAGAUACCACGAAGCAGGCGUGAGAGGUGUACGCGUGAACUUCGGUGCCAAUGGGAAAGAUUCCGAUAUCGUCGAAGCGGUCAAGAAGAAUGCGGCGGUCGCCAGAAGGCAUGAUUGGGUUCUAGAACUCUGGAUACCACUGAAGGCAUUCAAAGCGCUGCACUCAACCAUCCCUGACCUUGGCGUCCGUGUCAUGGCAGACCACUUCGCACAUGCCGAAGUCGGUUCGCGUGUUAACAACACCCUCGAUACUAUAGAUCCGUAUCAUAUGGAGGGGUUCAGCGAAGCCAUUGAUCUCAUCUCGAGGAAGUUGCUCUUUGUCACACUUUCGGCACCUUAUCAAUGCUCGAAUGAUGCCCCCCUGUAUCAAGACAUGCGGGUCGUGGCUCAGACAUUGAUGAUCAAUGGUCCUGAGAUGGUGGUUUAUGCCAGUGGUUGGCCGCAUACUGUGGGUCAAUCAGGCAACUCAGCAGCAGGACGGCUAGUGCCGCAGGACUUUUUGAAGGUCAAUGACUUCGCCCUCAUUGACUUGUACAAAGAAUGGGCUGGGAGCCCAGCUCAGGUCCAUCGCCUGUUUGUUGACAAUCCCAGAAGGCUUUGGCAAUGGACCGAUCCAGACUCGUGA